AUGACGAUCGAGCGCGCGCAAGAGUUGAUGCGAUCGGUGCGCGCGCUGGUGAACGCCACGGUGGGGGGAAUCGCGAGCGCGCGGGCGGAGGAGGGGUUCGCGGCGGCGCUCGCGGCGUUGGAAACCGAGGCGGCGAACGCGAACGCGACGGCGGCGGAGGCGGCGAUGCGGGCGAGCGCGAGAGGGGAGUACGGACAGGCGCUGGACAUACUGGAUGAUAUCCUCGAGGAUUUCGUGAACGCGACGGCGUCGGCGAGGGGCGUGGGGGAGUUGGGGGAGGCGUUGCGGGCGCUCGGCGAAGCCGCGGAGGCGGCGAGCGAGGCGAAGGACGACGAGAGCGAAGGCGCGUCGGUGGGAGACGGUGAGGACGCGUCGGAAUCCGAUGGGAGGGAAAGUUCGAGUUCGAACGAUGCGUCGACGCCGAAGGCGAAGUCUGAGACGAAGGAGGAGGACGACGCGGCGAAGCAGGCGGCGCUGAUUAAAAAAUUAGAGGAGGAAAACGCGGCGCUUCGCGCGGAACAGUUGAAGGCGGAGAACGCGGCGUUGCGGAAGAAAAACGCAGAACUAGCGGCGGCGGAGGAAAACGAGACGGCGAAGACGCGCGUCGACGCCGAUGACGAUGAAAAUCAGGCGAAGGAGGACGGCGACGACGACGACCACGGAGACAAAGAGGACGAGGCCCCGGAGGCGGCGCCGUUUCAAGGCUUGAGCGAAGACGCAAACGACGAAUCAGCUCCCGCGCCGAAAAAGUCUGUCGCGGGCGCUACGUUUAACGCCGCCGUGAGCGUUCACAGCCAAUCGCCCUGGCUGUGGUACUCGAUCUCGUUCAUCCUUCUCGCCGUCGUGGUGACGUCGUACGCGCACUCCCACCUCGAAGCCGCGGCGAACGAGCGACCGGCGUCCUCGCUCGAACUCGGCGCCUCGAUCGUCCGCGCCGAAAAAAACGUCAGCGCGAAAGAAAUCGGCCGCGAGAUGAGCGUGAACGAUGAGUUUUGGAAGAGCUCGCGCCCGUCGUCGCCCACUCGCGACGUCGGUCGCGGCACCGGUCGCGACUCCGGCUCCGCCGGUCGCCGCGUCGGUCGUCGCGUCGUCCAGCAGCGCGGUCCGAUGACAGCCGAAGAGCGCGCCUUUUACGACGAACUUUGA